GUUUUGGAUCAUGGCGGCGAUGAAUCCACAACUGAGAAUUUAGCUCGAUUAAAACGUCUCUCUCUGCCUCUCUAGUCGCUGAUUCAUUCAAGCAAGAUGUUUAUUUAUCUCAGCAAAAAGAUUGCCAUUCCAAACAACACCAAGCUGCGUAGCUUGUCUUGGAAUAGGGAACAAGGUUACAUUGCCUGUGGUGGUGAGGAUGGUCUCCUGAAGGUCUUGAAGUUGGAGACGCAGCCAGGGAAGGAUGCAAAGGUCAAGGGACUGGCUGCGCCCAGUAAUCUCUCUAUGAACCAAACACUUGAAGGCCAUAGUGGUGCGGUACAAGUCGUAACAUGGAAUGAACACUACCAGAAGUUGACGACGAGCGAUCAGUUCGGUCUGAUCAUCGUGUGGAUGCUCUAUAAGGGCUCCUGGUAUGAAGAGAUGAUCAACAACAGGAACAAGUCCGUAGUCAGGAGUAUGAGAUGGAACGCUGAGGGGCAGAAAAUAUGCAUUGUUUAUGAAGAUGGUGCCGUGAUUGUUGGAUCAGUUGAUGGAAACAGGAUCUGGGGUAAAGAGUUGAAGGGCCUCCAAUUGGCUCAUGUCAUGUGGUCACCUGACGGCAAGAUCCUCCUGUUCGGUAUGGUGAACGGUGAGACACAGAUCUACGACAAUGGUGGAAACUUUAUUUCCAAGGUUCAGGUGUACUGCUUGACCAACGUGACCGGUGCGGUUCAUAUCGCCGGCCUCGAAUGGUAUAACGGAGAGUAUGGCUACGUGGAACCCAACGCGCCGUGUUUGGCGCUGUGUUACGACAGUGGGCGAUGCCAGAUCAUGAGGAACGAGACUGACGAAAAUCCAAUCUUGAUUGAUACCGGGAUGCAGGUGGUACGCAUCGGCUGGAAUCACAACGGGUCCGUCUUAGCCGUAGCAGGAUCGCAGAAAGCGUCGAGCCAAGAUCGCGACAUCAACGUGGUUCAAUUCUACACGCCAUUCGGGGAACACCUACGCACCCUGAAGGUUCCCGGCAAGCAGAUGUACUCGUGUUCGUGGGAGGGAGGAUCACUCAGGAUAGCACUGGCCGUGGAUUCCUUCAUCUACUUUGCGAACAUCAGGCCAGAUUAUAAGUGGGGUUUCUGUUCAAACACUGUGGUGUAUGCCUUCACUAAACCGGACCGGCAGGAAUACUGUGUGAUCUUUUGGGACACCAAAAAUAAUGAGAAAUAUGUGAAAUAUGUGAAGAAUCUUCUCUCGAUUGCUGCGUGUGGCGAUUACUGUUGCUUGUCGACCAAGGCAGACGAUGCGACUGGUCAGUUCGUGCUUGUCCUGUGCAACUCGAUGGGCACACCACUUGAUUCCAAGUACAUUGAGCUCGACCCAGUCUACCUGACCAUGACCAAGACCCACAUCGUUGCCUCAUCAAAAGAAGCCUUCUACACAUGGCAGUUCAAGAAUCCCAAGAAGUUGGCUGCGAUGGAGAUCUCGGGCAAGAGGAAGGCAGGACAGGAAAGGUUGCACCACAUCGAUGACAAUCCGACUGGUGGCGGCGCCGAGCAGGCCGACUUUGGAAAAGCUCUACAGCCGACCCAGGAUCCCAUCUGCUGUAUCACAGCAUCAGAUAAAGUCCUAGUUGUGGGUCGUGAGUCUGGUACAGUCAAUCGCUAUGCUAUGCCUCUGUUAGCUCUGUCUCACAAGCAUGUCCUCAACUGCCGUCCUCAUCAACUUGCUCUCAACUGCACAUCCAACCGUCUCGCCACCAUCGACAUUGCCGGCGUUCUGACGUUCUUCGACCUCGAGGCUCGCGUGACCGAUGCGAGCGGCAUGGAAGUGAUCGGUCAACACCUGACCAAUUUUGAGAGGAAGGAUGUGUGGGACAUGCGGUGGGCGGAGGAUAAUCCAGAGUUGUUCGCGAUGAUGGAGAAGACCAGGAUGUACAUCUUCCGAGGGCUGGACCCAGAGGAGCCCAUCUUGAGCAGCGGAUACAUCUGCCAGUUUAACGACCUGCAGAUCAAAUCUGUCUUGCUGGAUGAACUCAUGAAAGAUCCUGAGAACCCCAACAAGGAAUACCUCAUGGAAAUGGAAAUCAAGUCUUUGAGAGACAGUCGCGAUCUCUUGGAUAAAGUCGGCAUCAAUGACGCACAGCAGUUCAUUGAAGACAAUCCUCAUCCAAGACUGUGGCGUCUUUUGGCCGAGUCUGCUCUCGAGUCCCUGAACCUGAAGGUGGCCGAUCAGGCGUUUGUCCGAUGUAAGGACUACCAGGGAAUCGAGUUUGUGAAACGCCUCGGAAAUCUGCAGAGCGACACGAUGAAACAGGCAGAAGUGGCGGCUUAUUUCAAGCGGUUCGAAGAGGCAGAGAGAAUGUACCUUGAUAUGGAUAGGCGAGAUCUUGCUGUGUCGCUGAGAAAGAAGUUGGGCGAUUGGUUCCGUGUCGUGCAGCUGCUGAAGACGGGGGCUGGCGGGGGUGACGACGUGCAGCUCGAGGAGGCCUGGAACGCUAUUGGGGAUUAUUACGCCGACAGACAGAAAUGGCAACAGGCGGUGACAUAUUACGUCCAGGGUCGUAACCAAGAGAGGCUGGCCGAGUGUUAUUAUAUGUUAGAGGAUUACACCGGGUUGGAGAAGAUGUGUCAGUCACUGCCAGAGAAUCAUGCCUUGCUGCCGGAGAUAGCUAAGAUGUUUGUGACUGUUGGCAUGUGUGAGCAAUCUGUGGAAGCUUAUACCAAGAGCUCCCAAAUCAAGAUGGCCAUCGACUGCUGCGUCCAGUUGAACCAGUGGAACACUGCCAUUGACCUCGCCAAGACGCACAACGUCAAGGAAAUCGAUGUCCUCCUGGCGAAAUACGCGCAGCAUCUCCUCGAGAAGAAUAAAACUCUCAAUGCUAUUGAGCUCUACCGGAAGGCUAGCCACUUCUUGGAUGCAGCGAAACUGCUAUUCAAGAUUGCUGAGGAGGAAUCUAAGAAGAACUCGCGAGCCAUGCGUAUGAAGAAACUCUACGUCCUUGCCGCUCUGCUCAUCGAACAGUACCAUGAACAGAUGAAGAUGACCUCCAGGUCAAAGGUCAAGGGCAAGAGAGCAGGUAUUGAAGCAACGUCUGCUCUAGCCGGUCUACUGGAGGAAGACGCCGCCAAUAUAACCGACAGUAAAGUCGUAGAUAACGCGUGGCGCGGCGCCGAGGCGUAUCACUGGUACAUCUUGGCGCAGAGGCAGCUGUACGAUGGUUAUGUGGACGCGGCAAUGAGGACAGCUAUGCUGUUGCGAGACUAUGAGGAUAUUGUCAACCCAGAGGCCGUCUAUUCACUGUUAGCGCUGGCCAGCUGCGCAAACCGAGCAUUUGGCUCGGCGUCCAAGGCUUUCAUCAAACUCGAAUCUCUAGAAAACAUGGCCGAAGAACAACGUGAGCAGUAUGAGGAACUGGCAUUGGAAAUAUUCACAAAACACAGUCCCAAGGACAGCCGCACUAACAAAGUGGACUGUCCGAGCUGCGAAUCACAAAUGCCUGACUGGUCGACUGUCUGCCCCAACUGUGAUACCAAGUUCCCCACCUGCAUCGUGACAGGGCGCCCCCUAUUGGACUACCAGUUCUGGAUGUGUCCCACAUGCAAACAUCGCGCCUACGAGUCCGAGAUCACGAAUCGUGUCCAUUGUCCUCUGUGUCAUUCUCCGGUCGCGAGUUAAGACCUUGUCUGGAAUGAGUUGUCUGUCAUUCUGUGGUCACGAGUUAAGACCUCUGGAAUGAGUUGUCUGUCAUUCUGUGGUCGCGAGUUAAGACCUCUGGAAUGAGUUGUCUGUCAUUCUGUGGUCACGAGUUAAGACCUCUGGAAUGAGUUGUCUGUCAUUCUGUGGUCGCGAGUUAAGACCUUGUCUGGAAUGAGUUGUCUGUCAUUCUGUGGUCACGAGUUAAGACCUCUGGAAUGACUUGUCUGUCAUUCUGUGGUCGCGAGUUAAGACCUUGUCUGGAAUGAGUUGUCUGUCAUUCUGUGGUCGCGAGUUGAGACAUCUGGGUCUCUGUUGAUGAUAUAUAAAUUGUGUAAAAAUCAGUGUUUUCGUAUAAAAUGUAUGAAAAGUUUUCCAGAAGGAUAAACAUGUCCAAAAUCAUCCCCUUUUCAUGUGCGAUUUCAAGGACAGAGCAAGACAUCGGUCAACAUUAUUCUAUAUUUCGAGAUUUUAUUUGUGUAUGCCGUCCAUUUGUGUUGUAACAUUUAUAUAUCCAUCCAUACUUCAAAAGGGAUCAUCUCAAAAUUGAUUGAGGCUAAAAAUGUAUGAAUUUUUUCUCUUUCCUUUUUGGCAAAAAACAUGGUUGUCCAUUACCCAGCCAGUGCCAUUUUGUAGCUCUCAACUGGCCUGAAAUGUCCUUGUGUGGGCAACAUUGUGGCUGCCCUUGGUUCUCCAGAAAGGUUUCUGGAUAGGCUGGGUAAUAAUGUUUGCUAUUGUAAAGGGCUUUGGGACAGAAGAUAAUACAGUGAAAAGCACUAUAUAAGAACUCACUAUUAUCACAAUCAUUAUCAACUCAAAUAUGAAAUGUAUGGAACUUCUCAGCUUCAGUCCAUUUUGAUGUGAUCCCUAAAAUCAAAUAAUAUCUCAGUGAAUUUCUGCGAAUGUUCUUUGCAUUUUAACACAGUGCUUUGUGUAUUUGUUUAUUGAAUUGUAAUAUCAGAAUGCCAUUAAAACUAUCUGUCCUUUACUAA